CAUACUGCUCAUAAUGUCCCGGACUCUUUCUCUGAAUCAGAGGGAGGGAGAGAAAGAGGGUCCUUUAUCGCCGACACCAAAAGGCUCUCCUCCAUCUAACCCCUUCCCCUCCUCUCUCCCGGCCCCUGGGUCAGGGAAUGUGCCAGCCCCGGAGAUGCCUUACGUGGAUCGGCAGAACCGGAUCUGUGGCUUCCUGGACAUCGAGGAAAACGAGAGCAGUGGGAAGUUCCUGCGCCGCUACUUCAUCCUGGACACCCAGCCGGGCAGCCUAGUGUGGUACAUGGAUAACCCUCAGAACCUGCCCAUUGGUGCGGUCUGUGUUGGCUCACUCAAACUCACAUACAUCUCCAAGGUCAGCGACGCCACUAAGCAAAGACCAAAGGCGGAGUUUUGCUUUGUCAUCAAUGCUGGCAUGAGGAAAUUCUUCCUCCAGGCCAAUGAUCAGCAGGACCUGGUGGAAUGGGUGAAUGCUCUCAACAAGGCCACCAAAAUCACUGUGCCAAAGUCAUGUAAUGCCCAACAGAAUGUGGAGAACCAGAAAGCUCUUCUGGACAUCCUGGGACCAAAGAAGCAGGUCUCCUACAGGACUGACAUCAUUGGGGGAGUUCCCAUCAUCACCCAGACGCAGCAGGAAGGGGGCGAGGGCCAGGAGGGUUCGGAGCGCGAUUUGCUGCGGAGGUCGUACAGCCAGCUGCCAUACUUUCUGGGAAGGCCGACCCAGGACCGGGCGGUCAUCAAGUCUGGCUACUGUGUGAAGCAGGGAGCUGUGAUGAGAAAUUGGAAAAGGAGAUAUUUCUUACUGGAGGAUAACACCAUGAGUUACUUCAAAUCAGAUCUGGAGAAGGAGCCUCUGAGAAUGAUUCCAUUGAAGGAGGUCCACAAAGUUCAGGAGUGCAAACAGAGUGACAUCAUGAUGAGGGAUAAUCUCUUUGAGGUUGUCACCACUUCUAGGACUUUUUACAUCCAGGCUGACAGUCCAGAGGAGAUGCACAGCUGGAUCAAGGCUGUCUCUGGUGCCAUCGUAGCCCAGCGGGGACCUGGGAGAUCUGCAGCCACACAGGAGCACUGUGGCCGUUCCUCCCCUUCCACAUUCUACCGCAGCCAACCGGGGCCCCCCGUCCCUCGCUCGCCCAUAUCUGCAGUGCCACCCUACCCAGGGUGCCCUUCUGUCGCGGGCGGUGUACGCUCGGAGCCUUGCGUGGGACAGCGAGCACUUCAUGAGCCUCUUGCCGCGACCCAACCACGCCCGACUGUCCCUGCAGGAGACACACCUGUCCAAGUGACCGCCGACACUGCCCUCGAGUCACCAUGGAGACGGCGCAGCAGCUUCGAGCCCUACCCACCUGAACCCCCCCUUGACCUGGACGCUGACGACCUGCCGGUCAGCGAAGUCUGACCCAUGAACUACCCCCACACUACCCCGUAACCUGGCAGAGGGGGUGGGCUACAGAGGAGAGGCUGUAUGACAACAGUGAUAAUGGGGGAAAUGAGAAGAAUGCUUUUGAAUAUCCGAGAGCAGCUGAACAGUGGGCCGCUUGUCUCAUCUCCACCAAACUGAACAGAAGUCAUUUGGAUGGAAAUGACAAAAAGCAGGCACUGGAUUCCAAGCCAAAGUUAGUCUGUAUAAUGUGUCUGACUUCCAACCAUCUCGACCCCCUGUUUGUGAAGCUGUUAAUCUUCCCCAGCUAGUCAACCCUAGUCACAUUAGAGUUGGAGGUCACUCAGACAAAGAGACAGGGGGGUUACGUUCUCUCCUUGUUUUCAUUGUUUGGCAUCUACUCAGUGGUCAAGGCCUGUGGACACUCACAUGAAGUCCUGGAAUCAGCUGUCCCUGUGGGCUGGGAGGGUGAGAUUUACACUGAACUCUACACCAAAGAUUAUGCGCUAUUUGCCAUUGUCUCCCACCUGCUUGCUCUCUUCUUAUUUAUUUAAUAGGGUUAAUUCAGUUUAGAAAACUUUUUUUUAAAUAUUUUUUUUAUGUUGAUUUAAAAUAUACACACUGAGUGUACGAAACAUGAGGAACAUCUUCCUGAUAUUGAGUUUCAUCCCCUUUUGCCCUCAAAACAGCCUCAAUUUGUCAGUGCAUGGAGUCGAAGGUGUCGAAAGUGUUCCACGCGGAUUCUAGCCCAUGUUGACUCCAAUGCUUCCCACAGUUGUCCAGUUGGCUGGAUGUCCUUUGGGUGGUGGACCAUUCUUGAUACACACGGGAAACCCAACAGCGUUGUAGUUCUUACACACUAAAACUGGUGCACCUGGCACCGACCAUACUCCAUUCAAAGGCACUUCAAUCUUUUGUCUUGCCCAUUCUCCCUCGGAUUGUGUAUGUGUGCCAUUCAAUGUCUCAAUUGUCUCAAGGCUUAAACAUCCAUUCAUCUCCACUGAUGAAGUCGAUUUAACAUGUGACAUCAAUAAGGGAUCAUAGCUUUUACCUGGAUUCACCUGGUCAGUCUGUCAUGUAAAGAGCAGGUGUUCCUAAUGUUUUGUGCACUCAGUGUAUACCUGCAGCUCAUGACUAUGUGGACUCACACAGAUUAAUUCAGCAAUUUGUGAGGAUAAUAUUUUAUACCACUCUGUGCCAAGCAAGCAAGUAAGUGGAUAUUUUAAAGGUCCAAUGCAACAUUUAUCUCAAUAUCAAAUAAUUUCUGGGUAACAAUUAAGUACAUUACUGUUAAAAAAAAAUACGAAAAUAGCUUCUUAGCAAAGAGCAAUUUCUCAAUCAAGAUUUUUGCUUGGUCUUUCUGGGAGUGAUCUGAGUGAGGGGCAUAAUUGGAAGACCCUAAUGGGAGGGAUAUGUAACCUGAAAACCAUCUGUUCCUGGCAGAGGUUUGAAACUCCUUUUUGUUUGUGGUUUAUUCAUUUAUACCAUCACCAGGCAAGCCAAACUCAUCCCACCAAAACAAACAACAUUUUCAGGCAGUAUUUUCAAACAGCUCUUACACAAAAAUGGCAUUAUCUUAAUCUUCACAAUUUCUAAGUAUUAUUCCAACCUCAUAGUGUGGAAAUAUAUAUAAAACACAGAAAAAUCAUGUUUUUGACUGCAAUGCGCCAAGCUAUAUUAUCCAAUGACUGAAUAGUUGUCAAGUAACAUAGAACUAAUCAGACCUGUUCAUUUCAUGCAUGCACUGUUGUUUUUAUUGAACUAAUGUUGUCUUUAGUUAUUUACUUGAAUUUAUAGUGUAUGACCAAAUUAUUCCAACAUACAUUUUCUUUAUCUGACUUUAAAACCUACAACAAUCCCACUCUACCCACACUAUAGUAUCACAGUUAGAAAGUUGUUGGUACACACUGUGGACUGGUACGAGAGGACUGUGCAGUUCUUAACCAAGCCAUGUACAUUUGCUUAAUCCUGCAGGGUAUUGUAAUGGGGUUUGGAUUUGUACCAAUAGGACUUCGGUGAGAGAGUGAGUUAUGCGACAGAGCGAGGUGGCUUCAUUAAGGGACCAAAGUGAAAAGCAAUUACUUCUAGGGUAGGGAUGGUCAUUGUCUUGCAGAGAUGUUUAAAUUAAUACUCCUACUGGCCACCAACAUGCUUUACCCCUGACCUCUUCAUACCUGUAUACUGUACAGUGGCUUUAACCAUUUUUCUAGUGACUGGUACCUGAUUUGUUAAGUUAUGACAAAAUUGACACUGACUGCUUUGUUCUGCGUGUGUGAAAACAUGGUUUUCUUUGGUGACAGUUUGUCGGGAUUGUUUUAUUUAGUUAUGUUGUAAUAUAAUGUGUUUAGAUGUAUAUUUCCGUUUGAACUUCCCUGUGCCUGUAUUGCAAGGUAGUGAAGGUUAACCCAACCAUGCUACUCAAUUGUCUUUUUUCAAUAGAUCUCAUUAGUGGUUCUGCAAAACCAUACAGCUGCUCAAGUGCCUGCAUAAAUUCUAUUAAAAAACAAAGCUUUUCUAAUCCAUUUUGCCUUGUGUACUAGAUUUUAAUUGUCGCUAUUUAUUACGGUGAUGACUUGAAAGAAAUAAACACUUCGAAAAUG